AAAAAUAUGCCAGAAAUUAUGUAAUUUUUAUUUAAUUGUUAUUAUUUUAUGUAUUAUUAUUUUUUUCCCUAAAAAUCACGUUUAGGGGAGGCUAUUACUAUUCACACGAUUUCUAUUCCUCCCUUCUAUUCUCUCACUGACUUGAUCACGGCUUCAAACCUUGGUGGUGCGGUUGGUGUGGCGCAGGGAAGAUCAUGGCGGUGGUGGCCGAUUGGUGGCGCAUCAGAGAUCUACAUAGUGGUGGUUGUUCAGUUGGCAUACGGAACAUAAUGAAACGUAGGGCAACAACAAACUUGGAAUUAGAAUUGCAUGGAGGACUUUCUCAGGGUUCAAAUUCGCAGUCCCAUACUUCCCAUGGUUCACAAGAAGAGGACGUGGGGACUACUGAAAGCAAUGAGUUAAUAACACCGAAGAAGACUCGAGGCCCCACACGCUGCGCAAAUGUGGUACAACAUGACACCAAAAAGAAUGGCCUGAUACCAUUAAGCUCCCUUGAACUAUAAAAAUUGGAGGAAAGUCCCUGAAAUAGUUAAAAAGGACAUGUGGACGAUGGUCCGAGUAAAAUUUUUUCGACUCUUCACAUCUUUGACUGACUGAUUUCACUUGUAUACACAUUUCAUUUCUAGAGUUAAUUUUUUUUUUUUUUAAUUACUCGAUUCUUUAUUUAUUUAUCUUUUAUAUGCAGGGCAAGUUUGCAGUAGAAGAAAUCUCAAAAGAUUGGACAUUAUCAUCCCUUGGUCAUAAAUGGAGAGAUUGGAAAAGUGAAAUUAAAAGUAACUAUUAUAAAAUUUGGCGUACAGAUGAACAACGAUAUGCAAACCCACCACCAAGUGUUGAGGAGGACCAAUGGGAUUAUCUCAUUAGAUAUUGGCGUACAGAGGCAGCACAG